AUGAAGAAGUUGUCUGAGUCCGAUCUGGUGUCAGAAGAAAGUGACACCCCUUCCAAUACAGAAGAAGUGAGUACCUCGGACGAUACAGAAAUCAACUUGCUGGACGUUGUGGCUGCGAGGAUUGAAGCUCACGGAACAGAGGAAAAGAUCUCGUCCUUCUUGAUGCAUAAUCGAAAGAUCACAUCCAUUACUAAUGCUGACGACAUGACAAAAGCAAUGGUCCAAGAAGGAAAAGGCCAGCAGCAAAAGGAAGUACAUUCUGCACAGCGAGGCUCCCAUGGAACUUGCAGUGACAGCAUGAAUGGGGCAGCCAUGCGAAUAUUUGAUCAACCGCUAAAACAAGGAUAUCAUGGAACUUGUAAUGACACACUUACGCAAGAGGCUGCCAUGCUAAGGUUUGAUCAAAAGCUACAUCAAGGAUAUCAUGGAAAUGAUAAUGCCAUGCGAAUGCUGGACCAGAAGCUACAACAAGGACAUCUUGCCAAUCUUAACCCAAGCAGCCAACCAUCACAAAGUGAGGCCACAGAGAACGACCCAGGAGCCCCCCCUCAAGAAUCCUUUGAAGAACCACAAGACCUUGCAGAACCAGGAGCCUAUGCCGUGGCACCCACACCGUUUGACAACGAUGAUGCCGAGAAUGUUAUGGAAGAAAGGCAGGACAUUGACCCACCACCACCGGAGCAGGACAACUCUGGUUUGGCAGUUGCACGAGAGGUGCAGAACGAUCCAGAAGAUCCAAGAAGCCUGCCACAAGCAGAAGAGUAUAAUGAGAAUAGAGAGUCACAUACCCAAGAGUCAAAUAAGCAGAUUGCAUUGGUUCUUGGCUACGGCCUCUGUUUUGUUGUUCUCGUUGUACUACUUGCGGUCCUGUUGGGGAAAUCAGGCGAUGGAACUGAAGCUCAGCCGGCCAUGGAACCUGUCGAACCCAACAAAGAAGAUGCCCCUAUGGACUCUAGCAUACCUCCCAGUGCAUCUCCUAUCUUUGAACAGCUCCUGAGCUACUUCCCAAACUACACUAUCCAGGCAUUGGAGGUCCAAGAGUCUCCACAAUCCAAAGCAUUGGAUUGGCUGUUGGAUGAUCCAGAUCUAAUGGAGUAUGUUGAUCUGGAAUGGAGGGUGAAGCAGCGGUUUGCCCUGGUGGCACUGUUUCACUCUACUGAUGGCUUCAACUGGACAAACUCUGAUAACUGGCUGAGUUAUAGCCACCAUGAGUGUUUCUGGUAUGCAAGUGGAUCCAUUCCCUUUCCGAUCCCUGGGUCAGGUGACAACCAUUUCAGAGUGGAGUAUCAGAAUCCAUGCCAUCUACCAAGCAAUGAUGCAGGCGCAAAUGACACUAUGGAUGCAAUGGACCUGAUUGAGGACCCAACUCAAGGUUCCUACAAACAGCUGUGGUUUCACAUGAACGGCUUGGCAGGCCAGCUGCCAGAAGAAAUCUACUGGCUGACAAAUUUGAAGACAAUGAGUCUCUUCGUCAAUAUGCUUGGUGGGCCCAUAUCUUCGCAGAUUGGUCAGUUGCAAGAUUUGGAAGCAGCAAUCUUCAGCUUCACUGAUGUCACAGGGACUCUCCCCACUGAGAUUGGGAUGUUGAGUGACACUCUUGCCUUCUUUCUCAGUGAGCAAACUCAACUGUCUGGGACGCUUCCUACUGAGAUUGGUAUGCUUUCCAAAGUGGACACAUUGUUGAUGGACACAAAUCAUUUCUCAGGCACCAUUCCAACAGAACUGUUCCAACUCACCAAUCUUCAGAUGAUUUACUUGGACGAGAACAGUCUGACUGGGACGUUGGCAUCCGACAUUGGCUUGCUUCGAGACCUUGACUGGGUUUUGCUUUGGGAUAACCUCUUGACAGGUACAUUGCCGACUGAACUCGGUCUUCUCAAUCAUACCUCUGAACUAUCUUUGGAUGCAAAUCUUUUUCGUGGACCAAUUCCUUCUGAACUCGGCAUGCUGAAUUCAAAACUUCGGAGGCUUUGUCUCAAUGGCAAUCGGCUGGAAUCUCCCAUACCAACUGAACUUGGUUUAAUGUCAUCUGUGAUCGUCAUGGAGCUACAGAACAACACUCUUUCAGGCCAAGUUCCAUCUGAGAUUGCAGCUCUGCCCCACCUCACUCACUUUCUGGCACAGGAGAACAGACUCACCGAAACGAUCCCACACGAGUUCUUCAGCUUUCUCGAAACCAAUGGUACAUCCACCUUGAAGGUUUUCAAUUUCAGCAAAAAUUUGCUCAGGGAACAAGAUGAUUCUUGCUGGGUUAAUGAAACCUUCCAACAGACACCAUCUCUUUGCAAUCCCUUCGCCAUCUUUGCAUAUCAUUGUAACUGUCAGUGCCACUGUUGA